AACGGCACAGCAAGUGUAACCAGUCCCUGGGCGGACGGUCAAUCCGUUGCCUCGCUCUGUUUCUCGAUUAAAAUCGAUCGAUUGGACUCGUCGUGUGAGCAAAGUCACCGGGAAGAAAAACGAGUCGAGAAAAAAAGUGAUUUAGUCCGUGUGCAAAUUUUGGAUUACCUUUUUCCGCGAGGGCUUUAGAAGAACACAAUGUCAACAGCUGUAAGGGAGCGGACGACGACGCACACCAGCAGAAAGAUCGUGAGUCAUGGCGGUCCUAUAUCUGGCCAGAGAGACGGAGCAGCAACGGCUAGCAGCCUCGAAAACAACUUAGACGCACUUCUCGAGGAUCUGCAGACGAGUGUCUCGAGAAGUGCCACUCCUAGCCGAGACAGAGCACUCUCACCCCAAGUCGAAUAUCGUAUGGCUGCCAAUCCUACCAGAGUGAUCUCCGAGGGAGGCAGACCUAUAUCUCCAAAUCGAACAAAAGUAACUACCACCGAGAAAUUUGUGAGUACUGGUCCAACCGGCACACCCAGCGGUAUUCCGGGAUUAGAUUUUCUAGAUGCGGAGCUGCAAAACGUCCAACCCGGUCAAAGCAAAACGAUAGCGUACAAGCAGGUGUCAUAUCAAUAUAACAAGGAUUUGGAUGGGAAACCAGAUUCGUGGGUCACGUCAGAAAACAAACGAGCUCUUACUGGCGCGCCCUUGAUUGACGACAUCCAUGAAACAACUUAUGAGGAGACUAAGACUCCAGCGACGUAUACAUAUCAAAGUCCAGAACCGAUUAUUAAAAAAACAAUAGUUAACAGAGAAUUGGUAUAUGGCGACAGUUCAACGUCUCGUUCGAAACAAACCUCCCCUCUGCCAGGAACUCAAAGGGAUGUUAGGGAUGUCAAGUAUAUUCACGAAAGUAGCUACCAAGCUGAUCCGCGAUCAACUCAAAACGCAUUAACUACAGUGCACACGAGCACACCGCAAGAAUACAAAACUAUCGAAUACGUGCCGGUUCCGUCGCCAACUCCAGCGAUACCGAUCAAUCUGGCACCCGGUCCAAACACAAAGGUGACAACCACGAUCAAAACGUACACGUACGAACUGCCAGGAUCGCCGGAAACAUAUCUACCAGGUGGCAGUGUGCCAGGAGGUAAUGUCGUUCUGCCCGGUGAUCAAACCAUCACAUACACUCUGCCAGGAAGACCCAGCGGUACCACAACUGCUACCACAGACAAGACGAUUACCUACCAAACCGUAACUGAGAAUAUACCAGGGCAUCCCGAUACACCAGUCAAAUAUCAUACCCUGUCAAACGAUCCCACCGAGAAGUCCACAACCAUUCACAAAGAGGCAAAAUUCUAUCGAGAGGAGCAUCACGAUGAUCGUCCCGGUUGGAAGCCUUCCCAUGUUUACCGCAACGCACCGCUGCCAACAAAUAUGGAGACUAAGACCACCGUGACCGAGAAGUAUUACCAAGUCGAUGGUAAUUAUCCCAACGGCCAUGGACCGGGCGAUCGUCCGGAUUAUCCCGGGAGCACGACCGUCAUAUAUCAGAAUCAACCACCUACCAUUGAACACACUAAGACCAUUAAACGGAUUGAAGAAUAUAGAUCUGACAGACAUCACUUGACACCUGAUAAGCCGGAUACACCGACCAGGAUGACGACGACAACGACUUAUUACCCGCAACAAGGUACACCAAAUACGAUUUACAAAUUUUCGAAUACUACGACGACAGUACCACCGAGUAAAAACGCGGACGAUCACGAGGUCCUUUUGCCGAAACCGUUUCCGACUGAUGUCCAGAGGUAUCCCACUAAGCCAGCCACUAACGGUGAAGGACCACCGGCAAAACUCGAAGACCUCAUGGCUUCGUUCUCCGAUUCUGAGCGGGAAGUAUUGGAAGAUAUACAGAGGCAAGAACGCCACAACAAAGAAUCAUCAUCCAGAAAAAAAGAAGUCGAUUUUGUCCCGCAUACUCCGCCGAAGGUCAAAAGCAAGAAUGUUGCCGGUCCACCAGUCUAUUAUCCUCCUGGCUCGGCAGAAUUCACCAAAAAAGAAGAAUCUAGUGCAGCCAUGUCACAAGCUAGUGGAGGAUGGCAAAAAGCAAGCGGAAAAUAUGAAUAUGAAGCUUCCAGUAAAAGCAAAACCAAAACCAGUAAAGGAGGCGCAGUCGUCCCAGUUUGUUUGCCGUUAUGCUGCGCAUUGCCAUGCGUUAUUAUGUAAUUUAAUUUUUGCAUUAACAUAUAUUAAUUAAGCACAUGAUAUGGUCUAAAACAUUUAAUAUAAUCAAAAACAAUAUAGCCUGCAAGAAAUAAAUCAAAGGAAGAAUUAAUGCAAAAAUAUAUAGUUUACGUUUAAAACAUGUUAUAAGUUCUUUUUUUCAUAUUUUUUCUUUUGUUAAAGUGCAGUUACUUGAAUUGCAUAUUCUGUUUUUUCUUUUCGAAAUCUAAACAUAUACUUAUCUUACUUUAAAUAUAAAAAAAUACGGCUGAAAAGAACAGACAAAUACAUAUAUGUGUUAAUAUUUAACAUAUGACAAAUCAUUUAUAUAAUAAGCAAAUAAUCAAAACAAAUCUAUCAUGAAAGAGUGAUUUUAUGUAUUAACAUACUAUAUAGGUAUAUAUUUCAGAAUAACAAAUGUUGAAGCUAUAUUUAUUUAUAUAAUUUUAUUAUUAUAAAUAUUAUCUCCCCCCACAAUGGCAAAUUAUUAAAAUUAUUAAAAUUUUUUAAAAAUAUGUUGCAAUAUAUGAAAAAUUUGCUUUAAAAUUAUCAAUAUAUAAUAUAAAAUGUAUCAGUAGAGCCUUCUUUAAAUUUUAGAUCUAUUAUUACACAUUUAAUUAUACAUAAACAAAAAAUAAAAUUAGUAGCACGGCGCACAAUAAAUUACUUUUUAAUAAAUUAAUUAUAACUUUUAUUAGUAAAUAUAUUUUUAUAUUUUUAUUUAUAUUUCCCGUUGUGUUAUACAAAUGUAAAUUACGUAUGUUAUAUCAUAUAUCAUUGCUAAGUUUCAAUCAAAUUAUAAAAUUAGUGUUAAUAUUUUGCAAAAUAAAUAUAAAAAUAAAUAUAAAAAAUAAAUAUAAUAUAAUAAAAUAAAUAUAAUAAAACUCGUUAUAAUUUUAAUAAAUAAAUAUUAUUAGUGCCAUUUUAUAUAUAAGAAAUACUAUUAUUUUUUUCAAAAUUUAUUAAAAAUAUGUAUGAAGCAAAUCAUGACAAUAAGUACUGUAACAAGUAGAAUAAAUAACUUUUAAUUAUACUAUACUACCGUGAAUUAUGGUGCUAUAAUAAUUUUAGUAUUAAAAAAAAUCAUUUAAAUGAAAAAUAUAAUAUCAUCUUAAAUAAUAAUCAUGUAUAUGCCUCUGUUUCUAAACACAAAUAUUAUUUGUAAUUAUAUGUAAAAAUUGUGUUAUGUCAUAUAUAUAAUUACAUGUCAUAUGAUAUAUAACAUGUGUUGCAUAUAUAUUAAUACGUAUGAUAAUCAUGAUAGAUUGUAUUCUAAAGUAUUUUAAAGUUGACAUUUUUAAAUAAUGAUAUUUUUCCAUUCAUGCAUUUUAUUUAUAUGCGUUAUUCUUUAGAAAAUGUCUUUUUAAUAAAAAUAAACUGCAUAUACUAUAGCCACACAGAAUAUAGUAUCCUGAAAAACAACAUGCAAUUAACUCUGGAACAUAAUUAUAUAUAUAUCGAAUAUUGUAUGAUAAAAGUUGAAAAAGAUGUAUCUCCGUCUUACAUUGAUAAAACUAUCAUAAGCAUA